AAAAAGGUGAAGACCUAGGACGACUAAGUUUCUAACGAGAAGAGACCUCCGAGCUGAGGUUCUCUCUCUGUAAAGCUAAGUCCCUUCAUUUCAUUUCCAUGAUGAUAAUCUAGAUCAGUAUAGACAAGAACAAACUGAUCCAUUCGAAGCUUUGCAAAUAUGGGGGCGUCAGCAUCAGGCCUUGAUCUUGUCUGUGAUGAUGAUUUUGCCUUCUCACCACUCUUGAGUGAAAAAAAUGAUCAAACCCUUCCCAGAGAUGAAGAUGAUCAAGCCCUUCCAAAAUCAAAUGCCAAGUAUGUUGAACAAAGGAACAAGAAACGCCGAAAAAAGCUCCGGCCUAUAAGGAUCCGACCAAAAUGCCGGAGAUUCUCCGGCAAGAACAAGCGUAGGCCUCCUUUAGCGACAGCAUCAAACAGACCUCUUGUUUCAUCAUCGACGAGCAUAGAAACUGGUGAAUCAUCACAGAGCUUCUGUGAGAUAUGUGCGGAAACGAAAGUAAGUGAUGAUAUGUUCAAAAUAGAGAAAUGUAGUCACUCCUUUUGUACUGAUUGCAUAAGAAAACAUGUGGUGUGCAAGAUCCAAGACAACAUAGUUACUGUGCCGUGCCCAGGUUUGGAUUGCAAAAGUGUCCUUGAACUCGAUUCUUGCAGGUCAAUGAUACCCAAUGAGGUGCUUGCUCGGUGGGAUGAGUUGCUAUGUGAGUCACUGAUUCUUGUUGCCCAGAAGUUCUACUGUCCAUUUAAGGACUGUUCAGCCUUGUUGGUUAAUGACACUGAUGGAAUGAUUAGGGAGUCUGAGUGUCCCAUAUGCCGGCGAUUGUUCUGUGCGCAGUGUUCCGUGCCUUGGCAUUCAGGGAUUGGAUGUGAGGAGUUUCAGAGACUGAAUGAGGAUGAAAGAGGGAGGGAAGAUCUCAUGGUGAGAGAGCUUGCAAGAGACAGAAACUGGAUGAGAUGCCCUUGCUGCAAAUUCUAUGUGGAGAAGAACGAGGGCUGUUUACAUAUGACUUGCAGGUGUAAAUUCCAAUUCUGCUAUGCAUGUGGUUCCAAAUGGAGCGACACUCAUGGUGGUUGCCAGAGACAAUGAUGCCAUCUCAGGAAGUUAUCAGUUCAUGGAGAAUAACUCUUAGGAUCAUUGCAGGUCCUCUUCCGGGCAGCUCUGUUGAUCUAUUUAGUGUUGUCCAGACUGUUGAAAGUGCAUGUUGAAGUGUUGACACUGUCAAUUUGUGUAGCCAUGGAUUUGUUUGUGUUGGUCAUGAAGUGUACAUGCAACAAUAUUUAGUCUUCUAGCCAUCAUUGGCCUAGUGUAUCCAUGUGAAGUCACUGUUGAUUGAACCAUUAAUUAAGCUGAAAAGGCCCUUUGCUCUUUUGUUCACCUACUUUGAGUUCUCUACUGUCUUUCGUUAUUUGCUCUGCUU